CUAGUCUAUUACAAUUUUCAAAAGAAGACUUUUUUCCCUAUAAUCUUUCCCCGUAGAUUUUCAAAAACCUUUCUUCAAUCUUUCCCCUUGUCUCAAUUUUGGAUUUCAUCAAUCUUUCCCUCUUUUUUAAGAUCUAUUUUACUCACAACUUAUCAGUCACCACAGUCAUAUACCUGUGUUUUUUUUUCCUCUUGAAUUCUUGAAAUGACUAUCGCAGAAGCGUUAUCUGUGAUUCCAGCAGCUGUUUUGCGUAAUCUGUCGGAUAAGCUGUACGAGAAGCGCAAGAAUGCUGCUUUAGAGUUGGAAGGGAUUAUUAAGCAAUUGACAGGUGCAGGUGAUCAUGACAAGAUCACUUCUGUGAUCAAUUUGUUGACUCAGGAGUAUACUUACUCACCUCAGGCUCAUAACCGGAAAGGAGGAUUGAUAGGACUGGCUGCAGUAACUGUUGGUUUGACUUCAGAAGCAGCGCAGCACCUUGAGGUAGGGCGUUUACCUU